UUGUUCCACCAUCUCUUUCCUCAUUACAACAUUCUUUCUUCUACUUCAUCUUCAGACACAGAUCUAUCUUCCUUCAAAUCACAUUACUUCUGGUUUCCUUCUUUAACCAUGAGGAAAGGGAGAGGCUCUUCCGUAGUUCCACCCGCCCUUCACGGCGGAUCCGCCGUGAAGGAGCCGAGGUAUAGAGGCGUCAGGAAGAGACCUUGGGGCCGUUUCGCCGCCGAGAUCCGCGACCCCUUGAAGAAAUCUCGCGUCUGGCUCGGCACUUUCGACUCCGCCGUCGAAGCCGCACGCGCCUACGACGCAGCCGCUCGCAACCUCCGCGGCUCCAAGGCCAAAACCAACUUCCCCCUCGACUGUUCCCCUUCCUCUCCUCUCCGACCGCUCAAUUACCAGAACCAGAUGGAUCCGUUUAUGGACCACCGGUUAUACGGCGGAGGCGGCGGAGGAGGAGGAGGUGGUAGCUUCCAGGAGCAGCAGGUUAUCAGUCGUCCGGCGAGCAGCAGCUUGAGCAGCACGGUGAAAUCGUGCAGCGGACCGAGACCGGCGGCGAAGACGACGAAGAGGUAUCCGAGGACUCCGCCGGUGGCGCCGGAGGAUUGUCACAGCGACUGCGAUUCGUCGUCGUCGGUGAUCGAUGACGGAGACGAUAUAGCGUCGUCGUCUUCGCGGCUGCGGAAAGCGCCGUUUCUGUUUGAUCUUAAUUUGCCGCCGUUGGAUGGUGUUGUUGACUUGUUCGCUGACGAUGAUCUCCACUGCACCGAUCUACGUCUUUGAUUUUGCUUUUGCUUUUUAUUACCACGAUGCAAAGGAAGAUGAUGAUGACGAGGAUAUAAAGAGAGAGAUAGAGAGAGGUUGUGUUGAGAUCUGUUUACUGGUUUCUAUUCUACAAGUAAACCUUGUGACAGGUAAGCUAUUGGGGACAUAAGCAGAAGAUCUGAUUGGGUUCACUUGUGGUAAUAAGAAUUGGUGAAGCUCAUUUACUACACUGGUUGGGUGAUUUGGAGAAAGAAGUUGGAGUAUACUACUCAUUGUUCUGAAGUGUUUCGUUCAUCUUCUUAAGAUGCAGGAGGAAGACAAGAAAGGCUUUCACUUUCGUGUACACAAUCGGAAGUGUGGAGACGGGUUUGGUCUAUUGGCGGUGAGUGAUUUGGGUGAUGGAUCUACUAAGCUCAAUUGGCAAAGGCCAAAUCUUUAGGUUUAAGUUUGGUGGCUGACAUGAUGUCGAUCUCUAAACGCUGUUGCUUGGUAUAAUUGGUUGUAUGUGUUUGACCAUUUGAUUAAAGUUUGCUGGUCGAAUUGUCCAAAAUUUGGUAUCUACUUUGCUUCUCUGCCACGGAUUCAGACACAGUGAGUCUCUUUGGGUUUGAAGAAAGAACGAGCUUUUUUGUUUUUAAACCGUUGUCGGGUAGGCUUUAUUUAUGGAAAAAUCUUUGGAAGAUA